ACCUAUCAUCCUGUCUUGCUUUUCCCAUCCAGGCUAGUUAAUCAACCAUGGAGGUAUUUCUGCAGAUUUUCCGAAUUUUCUUCACAAAUGUCUCCCCAACAUGCAGAAAUCUUACUAUAAUGCUCACACUAAACCUCUGCAUGAGCAAAUACACCACUUGCUAACAAUGUUAACUUGAAGUAUAGCAAGUAACCAUGUUUAACAAACAGGGUAGACAGUGGUUGCCAUAUAACGAAUGCGUGAUUGACGGAAGCAAAUUGGUAAAAUGCUUGCAGGAGUUUUGAUUUGAGGGUCGCAUAUCAAUAAAAUUGGUGGUAAAAGUGUUUUUUUUUUUUCAGUGAUGUACCUGUUCAGAGUUAACUAAAGUUUUUUCUCUCCAUUAUCAGAAAAGCGGGCAUUCCUUCUUUACUACACGACACCUUUGCUGAGCAGAUACCUUCCCUCUGAUCAUCUCUUCUUCCUGAUGCUGCUCACUGGUGGAAUGUUCAGAUUACUUAUAAAUAAGCAGUCCAUUUCACAACAAGAAUUAAAUGAGGCACAUACAUAUUUGAAGCUUUUCACUGCUCAAGCUCCUGUCUUUUAUGGCAACCAGUUUCAGACCUUUAAUGUCCAUCAGCUCUUGCAUCUUCCAGAAGUUGUGAAAGAUCUGGGUCCUCUGUGGUCAAAUUCAUGCUUUCCAUUUGAGGACUACAAUGGUGAUCUCAGAGAGUUAUUCCAUGGCACCAAGAAUGUGGAUGGCCAGAUUGUUACAGCUGUGUCAAUAAUCCAGAAGUUGCCUGAAAUUGCAAGAUCCACAACCGCCUCUCCUGAACUCCAGGCAUUCUAUGAACAGCUAACUAGCAAGUGUUACAAUGCACGGUAAUCAAAUGUUGCAUUGUUUAUUUUGUUAAGUGUGUGCCAAUGAGAUUUUGCACAUAUUAUUAGACAGAUAUUCAUCAACACAGUGAAGUUUAUAUGAGAGCUUUAACAGUACUGAUAAGCAAUUAAGAGUACCAAUUUUUGGUUCCUUUUUUCCGGUUGUGUAGCAAUGUGUUCUUUCAGAGAGCACUUUAAUUACCAGUGUUCAAAGAAUUUGACAUGAUUAAUUUGAUAACCAUUAACAGGCAAGUCAAAAAAGAGGUCA